UGAAAACAGAGCCUGUUUAACUUUUCCAUCUUCACUCUUCUCCCUCUCAUACUCCCAGACAUAUCUUUCCUUGUGCCGUCCCGAGACUAAGCGUGAAGUUCCGGCGGAGAAGCCUCCCACGUUUUACCCGCCGGCGAUAUCUCAAGAUUCAGUUGUCUAGGAACUCCAUUACCUGAAGUCUCAAGAAAUCCAACAAAUAUUAUUGAGAAGAUGAGUUCGCUGAUAGGUUCUCAGAUUCCUGUUAUAGACUUGACGGAUGAAAACUUAAAACCUGGUUCAGAGAAAUGGUUUUCAGCUAGCCAAUUGAUGCGGGGUGCAUUAGAGACUAAUGGCUGUUUUUACGUAAUGAGUAGUAAGGUUUCUACGGAGCUUCACCACUCAGUACUUGCUCUAAUGGAAGAAUUGUUUGAUCUUCCGCUUGAAACAAAAAAGCAAAAGACCAGCGACAAGCCUUAUCAUGGUUACUAUGAACGAACUCCUCGAGCCCCUUUGUAUGAAUCCGUUGGAAUUGACUUUGAUGACCCCAUUAAUAACGAAGCAAUUCAGAAGUAUGCCAACAUCAUGUGGCCGACAGGACAUGAUCAUUUCUGUGAGACGAUCAAUCUGUAUGCAAAGUUGCUAGUUGAAAUGGACCAAACUGCUAAAAGAUUACUGUUUGAUGCUUAUGGUUUGGAAAAAAGACACUGUGAUUCCCUGCUUGAAUCAACCAGUUACAUGCUCCGAGGUUUUAAGUACCUAGUACCUCAGAAUAAUGAGAAUAAUUUAGGAUUGCAUGCUCACACAGACGUGACAUACUUCACCAUACUGCAUCAGAAUAAUGUGAAAGGUUUGCAAGUCAAACUGAAAAGUGGUGAAUGGAUUGAUGUUGAUCCCUCACCCUGCAAGUUUCUGUUCCUGGCUGGUGAUGCAUUAAAGAUUUGGAGUAAUGACAGAAUACAGUCUUGCCAGCACCAAAUCAUCGUAAAGGAGAAGAAGAAAAGGUUGUCCGUGGGAUUAUUUUCAUUUAAUAAUAAGAAAGUCCAGACACAAGAAGAGCUAGUUGAUGAGGACCAUCCAAUACGAUAUAAAUCAUUUGACCAUUAUGAAUACAUAACAUUUCGUAAAAAUUUUCCAUCACAAAUUUCCAGUUUUCUUCUGCUGCAUGAUGGAAGAAUGACCUUGAAUGGAAAGGACAAGGAUAAAUAAUGAUGAAGUCUCUCUCUCUCUCUCUCUCAUGUUUCCUUAUAACUCUUCUCACCAGUUCUGUACCCUCUCCUUCUGUUAGUUUCUUCUUCUUUCUGUUGGCCUCCUGUUAUCUUCAAACAUUUUCCUCCCAAUGAUUGUAAUAUAUUUUUACUUUUGAGUGCUGCUACUCUCUCUGUUUAUACUUACGGGUAUGAAAAAAUGUACUGUUUUUGAGAA